GAGCGCGUGAGAGAGAGAGAGAGAGAGAGAGAGAGAGAGAGAGUGAGAGAGCAACAGAGCGUGCAUGUGGUAGUGUGCGAGUGAGUGAGUGAGGGAGGGAGAGAGAGAGAGAGAGCACAGCGCUUCCAGCUCCCGGUCUCAUAGCAUCUUGGCGAUGCGUAGCGUGUAGUGGCUCAGACAGCGAGAGGAGGCGCCUACACACACACACACACUCGGAUCUGCUCUCGCACAGUCUGCCCCGAACAAGCAGACAAAACACACACACACACACAUACUCACACGCGCACGUGUGUCUUAACAAAAGAGGACCACCAGACAAAGGCCACACACAGGAACAGGAGAAGAAAAGCAGAGAAGAGAAGAGAAAAGAGGAGAAGAGAAGAGUGUGUUUGAGGGAGGAAGUGCAUCGCAUCCCCAAGCCAGAGGGCGACUGAGGAGGGCAGGCAUGUCUUCCCUCUCCAACCAGCCUCCAGGCUCUCCUUUCUCAGAGUACAGUGAGCUCUGCAAGGUGCCCCCCAUGUCAGGAUCUCCAGCUCCACAGACCUGGGACUGGCAGCACCAGGACCUGGGGGCCCCCAAGAGCCUGUCGGGGGUCCCCCACACCAGCGGACUGACGGACGAGGACAAGCUGUGCUUCUUCGACUCGCCAGCAGGGGGCAGUAUGGCGGCCGACCUGAAGGUGCCCGGUGGACGAGGGACGAUUCCCGGGAGCGGGUCGUUCCUGGGGAGCACCGGCGAGAGUCCGGACAGCCCGCUGUCGUCGUCGCCCUCGCCCGCCUCGCCGGGGAACUUCCCGGGGUCCCUUGCGGGCGUCGGGAAUAACGGAGUGGUCCUGCCGGCGGCCAGCGGCUCGCCCAUCCAUCGCCACGGCGACUUUAUGUCGUCGCUGCCCAGCCCUCUGAGUCCAGCCAAUCCCGCGGAAUGGAACCCGAUGUUCUCCAGACCGCUCGCGGACCAGAGCCCCAGAUCGCCCGUCGGGCAACAGGGUUCGCCCAACUACUGUGUCAUCGGCGUCGUCAACGACAACUACAUGGAGGGGGGAGACGCCGCGGUGGCGGCGGCGGUGGCGGUUCGCCAGGGCGCGGAGGGCUCGUCGGAGGACGAGGAAGAGGAGGAAGACGAGGACCUGAAGCCGUGCUUCAUGGGCCGCGCCGAACAGCAGAGGAAGGCCAUGCGCCGCGCCAUGUCCGAGUGCUCGCACCUGGCCGUGCCCGCCAGCCUCCAGCUGCCCGACAAGUACCCCGGCGGGGCGGACCUCGACGAGCUGCCCUCUCCGGGCGCGGGGGGUCCGCGCCGCGCCAACCCGGCCUCCAUGAGGCGCUCGCUCACCGUGGCCGACGACCAGCCGCCCACCCCUCCGCCGACGCUCGGGGCGUCCGGCACGGCCCGCAACGACCUGCGGCAGGAGCUGGACGCCAAGCUGCACCUGGCGCCCUUCCCGCCGCUCCGGGACCUGGCGGGGUGCCCACUGUCGCCCAUGGAGGGCCUGCAAGACGGCACGUUUGUGGAUAAGGACGAGGGCGUGCUGCUCCCCGUGCCCCCGACCCCCAAAGCCUUCAACGGGACGGGCGGAUGCCUGGGGGGCAAUGCCAACCCUUUCGCCAUGGCAACAGAGGACAAGACGGAUAAGCCUCACAAGAUGGAUGGGUUCCAAACGUUUGACGACUUUGACAUGUUUGAUAAAGCAGACAAGACUGAGAAGGCCGAUCCAAAAGGCAACCUGGAGAAAACAGAGAAGAUUGACAUGUUUGGAAAGAUGGAGAAUGUCGACAAAAUGGACAAGGACGAGAAGGCAGACACGGUCAGGAAGGCAGAGAAAGACGAGUACAAAGAGAAGGACAAAAUCGAGCCUGUCGAAUCAAAGGCAAAGGCCGACAAACCUGAAACACCUCAGAAAGUUGAAAACACUGAGAUGAAAGAUCAGUCCGAGAAAGCCAAGGAAGCUGACAAAGUUGAAAAGGUGGACCUGGCUGAAAAGGCAAAAGAGACUGACAAGGCAGAGAAAGGUAAAGAAGCCGAUAAGAUGGGAGAAGUUGAAAAAAUGGAAAAGGCUGACAAAUUUGAACCUAAGCCAGAGAAACAGGACAUGAGUCCAAAAACAGAUGACAAGAAAGAGGAGAAGAAGGAGGAAAAAGUGGAGAAGAAAGAUGAACAAUUAGAAAAGAAAGAGGAGAAAGUAGAGAAGAAAGAUGAACAAUUAGAAAAGGAGGAAAAAGUGGAGAAGAAAGAUGAACAAUUAGAAAAGAAAGAGGAGAAAGUGGAGAAGAAAGAUGAAAAAUUAGAAAAGAAGGAGGAGAAAGUUGAGAAGAAAGAAGAGGUGGUUAAGAAGGAAGAAAAGAAGGAAGUAAAAGUAGAGCAGAAAGCUGAAAAGGAGAAAGCCCAAACACCAGCCAAGACUGACAAGAAGGAAGGAGCCGACAAACCAAGCAAGGCCGAGAAGCCCGAGAAGAAAGAGAGUGCAGAGAAGAAGACUGCCAAAGUGGCGGAGAAGAGCGACAAAACUGACAAGGCCAAAAAACCUGCAGCUAAACCAGCAGCUACCAGCAAGGACCUCAGCAGCCCAGAGAAGAAGACCAAGCCCGUUGCCGGGGCGACCAAACUGGUCGCCACCAAGCCUCGGCCGAGCUCAGUGGCAUCGGCGUCUGCCACCGCUGCCCCCAAACGUCCGACCCCAGCCUCCACCACCACUGCCUCCACCCUCAGUAAAAGAGCCCCUGUGCCUAAGGCCCCUACCCCUUCCACUAUCCCAAAGCGGCCCUCAACCGCCACCACCCGACCCCCCACUUCUACCAUCUCCUCCACAGCUGCCAGAGAGGUCAAACCCAAGACGACCACAGAGAGGCGCCCCCCAGUGCCAAAGGCGAGUACCGCCACCCCCUCUGCCCGCGCCACAGCCACUAAGAAUGGCACCGCCACUGCCACAGCAACCAGCAAAACUACCACGGCAACCCGCACGUCACUCACAGCCCGCACCACAGCCAGCGCUCCGACAGCACGGCGCUCCAUGGCAGCGAAGACUGACAGUAAACCUGGAGAGGAGAAGAAACCCAGCACUCUGAGGAGCUCAGACUCCAAGACCACCUCCAGGCCCUCGACGAGCGCCAGCACUGGGGCCGCUGCCCGCCCACGCCCCACCGCCGCCAGGACCUCCAGCAGCACUGCCCCGCCCUCCUCCUCCGUGCCCGAGAGGAAGCCCCCCGUGCCCCGCGCACCCCGCCCUAGCACCGGCACCGCCAGCGCCAGCGCCGCGACCAAGACCCGCCCAGCCACCGCACCCACACCCGCCCGCUCCAAGAUCGGCUCCACGGACAACAUGAAGCACCAGCCUGGCGGAGGAAGGGUGUCGGCGUCUCUCAGCAAGACCGACUCCAAAGACAAAGUUCAGAUAGUCUCCAAAAAGGUGGACUACAGCCACGUGACCUCACGCUUGGGUUCCAAGGACAAUAUCAAGCAUGUUCCUGGGGGAGGGAACGUCCAGAUCCUCAGUAAGAAGAUGGAUAUUAGUAAGGUGACCUCAAAAUGUGGUUCCAAGGACAACAUUAAGCACAAACCAGGCGGCGGAGAUGUGAAGAUUGAGUCUCACAAGGUGGCCGUCAAGGGCCAGCCAAAAGUGGGUUCCAUGGAGAACGUCAAGUAUGAACCCGGUGGUGGUAACAUUAAGGCUGAGGGGGCGCAGGAGGCAGUCGAGGGCUCAGGGGCUCCAUCUAGUGGCGGCCAGGCUGAGGUGCCGGUGGCCAGCCCCGUGCCGGCCCAAGCACAGGCCCAGGAGAAUGGGCUGAUGAAGGAAGGGCCACCCUGCGGGAGCGAGGGGCUCCGGGACCCCCAGCAGGGCCUGGACUCACUCAUCCCUGAAACAAAUUGAGUCUUUCAAGCUCAACUUCCGUGAGAACGCGCGCUCUCGCACGGACCACGGCGCCGACAUCAUAUCCUGGCCAGCCCUGGGUGACAGCCCCGCCCACCGACCCCCCCUCCACCACCCAACCCCCCGCAGCAUCUCGCUCCACGACUAUCUGGCGUCCGCCGGGCCCCCCCGGUCCCGCUCCUUUGGCCCCCUCCCCCUCACCCCCCCUCUGGAGGGGCAUUGGGACAACGGGGGCGACCUCGCUGAACACCACAGGACGUGACACCCCCCCCACCUACCCAAUAUUCAUCCCAACCCACCACCACCCUCAUCUCAUCCCAACCUGAUCCCUCUUAGCGGUCUGCUCUCCCCUGAUGUUGUCUGUGUGUCCUCUUACCUCGUGUUCCUUCCUGGCUCACCCUUAUUGGCUGAGCUGGUAUUUGGCUGUAUAUAUGCUGAGCUUCGGGCCGGGCAAGGGUUUUAUGAUGAAGGGGGGCGACGGGUGGGUUUCGAGGCUUCCUGGAGUUUCACUACUAUGCUCGCCUGUAUCUCUCCGAUUCUAAACUAAACGACUUUGUGUUUGGGGCUCUUUGUGGCGGGAGGGUUUAGCAGCGGGACCUCUUGGUUCCGGGGACGGCUUGUUUGUUUGUUUGUUUGUUUGUUUGUUUGUUAUUAUUCCCUGCUGGGUGACAUUCGCAGAGUCCUGUGUUCUCCCUCCGCUGCCUCUUUCCCUGCAUCAGCGCUCACAGUGAACUCAACCAUCUUCAUCCUCCUCCUCCUCCUCUGACUCCCUCUGUCAUCUCUGCUCCAUCUCGCUCAUAUUUACUCACAGCGCAGAACACCUCAGUCUUAUUUACAGUUUAGCAUCUGGUAAACACAGUAUAUCCCUCUGGCUGUAGUGAUUUUAAACAAGACAAAGAAAAUAAAAAAAACAGUGAAUUGUGAAUCCUGUAUCAUGUUCAACACUGACUCGUCUAACACUAUAUAUUAUUCACACCACAUGGCGUAUAGAGUUGCUGGUUUGGCUGUAGGCCAUUAAGCGUCCUUACAUUGUGAGUAUCCGGGCUGAUGGACGUAUCCCCUCUCAUUUCACAUUUUUCGGCUCCCUUGUGUGGCAACCUUGUGUCCUGGCUGUUCAGUAUGAGAGCAUUCACAUUCACAAUAUAUAGUCUCUUUUAGCGGUUAGGCUCUUUAAAGCUCGUUAAAAAAACUCUGUGUUUCGUGGUGGUGUGUUUGAGUGAUAAUUGUAACACUGAGCUUUGUCGUUACGUUAGUUUCUGUUCUUUGGACUUGUUUCUUCUGAGGAUUUUUCUGGCUUUUUGGGUUUUCCUUCACUAAUCUUCGGCUUUAGUUCUGUAUAUUUUCCCUGUCUCUCUGUCUCUCUAUCUCUAUUUUUCUCUCAGCUCUUGGUUUUCCUCAUUCUCUUGAAGCAAUACGACGUUUGCCUACAAGGAUACACAAAUCCUCGCAGCUACACGCACACAUUUUCAGACUGCAGUAGAUCCUGAUCUGGUUUAGAUCUGGGCCAUAGCCGGCCAGAUGGGCACUGCUCUUUUCUGAGGCCCAAGACUGAGGUAGUAUGUUGACAAGGGAAGGAUACAGGCUCAAGUCGCUAAUCAGUAAGACGGUUGUAAGGUCAUGAGCUGACCUUCCGGUUUUAACGGUUAACUGAAAAAAAUUAGCUGGCUUAACAGUUAAUUUGAACGGUUGAUACAGUUGGUGUAGAUCGACUCGUUUUCUGCUCUGACAUGUUUGAAUAGUAAGGCACGUGGAAGUCGUAGUUAGGGGGUGAGGAUGUGUCUGCGUCUGGUGAAGGAAGUUGGAGAGCUAGUGUUCAGUAUGUGCCUCCUUCUCUCUCUCUUUCUCUUCUUACCUGAAAUCCCACAAGGAACGCUGACCCACAACAAUAACACACAGGGUCCUGUCAAGGGAGAGAUAUGUAGACUAACAGAAUGUUAUCCUUUGAAAAUAAAAACACACUUAAUCAACCAAUAGAUUUUGUGCUUCAGGAGAAUCCUUCUGAACAGUGUACUUGUGACUAGCCGUGCUUGCUAUCCUGUGGCUGGUGUCCUCUUUCUGAGGCGUGUUGUGUUAGUUUGGCACAGUUCAUGGAGAAGUGCCAGAAAAGGGCAUGUUGGUGUUUCAUCAGGACUUGAUGAGUGGACUUGUAGAUGAAGCUUACUCCUCAAAUAGUACUUUUUUUUUCGUACAGUUGCCUCUGAAUAGCUUUUGUUGUGCGUUGACAAUUAUUGUGCUGUUAUUUCCCCCUAAAAGCCUACACGUACGCGCUUAUAAACAGUAUUUACAUGAUGACUUGCGUUUCUGUGGAUUAGACUCCAGGUUCUUCUGAAUGUUGAUAAGCGCUCGAUUUUUGAGAGGAGGCUGGUGCGGACAGUGUGUUGAAGAUGGACUCAAGUUUGCAGGAUUGUGCGCCUUUUCAUUUUCUCUCUCAUAGACAGGCAUAGGACAAGACCCACACGUAGAAUGGAGUUGCAAAGAUUUUGCAUAAACAUUUAUCUUUGUUAUUUUUAAGUAAUUUAGAGGAAUAUCAAGAAGUAACCACACACAAGAACAAAAAGAGAUGUACUUUAGAAGGAAUGUCAUGAACUUAUACAUGCACUGCUUGAUUUCCUAACAAAAAAAACCCUACAGAUAUGCUGAGCUAUUUUAAAUACUCUAUUUUAAGCACCUUAUGGCUUAGCGAUGUCACAGAGAGUCGUGAGUGAAGGUAUCCUUUGAGAACUGCUUCUAGUCUGUGGAGGUGUUUCAGUGCCCCAGACUUGUGAUUUUAAUGAUGGCUAGUGUAAGGAUAAUCUGUAGAAUUGGCCUUGGACAGCUUUGAACUAUUUAUUCUAUUUGUAAGGGUGCCCUGAAGAACUUUCCUUUGAUCGCUGUAGCCAAGACAUAGCAAUACUAAUACAUUAAUUAAUGAUGUAUGAACAAUGAUUUAUCAUUGUGCUGAACAAAUAUCCCAAGUUGAUUUAUUAUUUUCAUUAUGUAUUUUCCUCUAAAAAUUAUUAUCAUGGCUGUGUGCCUGAAUGAGUUUAUCGGAAGUGAAACCGGCCCAGAUGUUAGCAGCUUCCGUAGUUGAUAUGACCCAUGUGAUGCCCAGGGUCGGACCAGAUUCCGGUGUGGUGGGGGAGGGGCUCCAGUGUCUGAGGACUGCAGAGUACCGUCUAUUAGACAGGGGGUCCCCUUGGUGAUCCACUCUCUGCCGGUUCCCAGUGACCUAGCUGGUGAUCACGGCCGUGUUUUACAGGUGGCUACAGUUACUCACUCUUGUGUUUAUCCUUCAGGUUCUGGCAUCCGCGAUAGUUACCACUCACACACUAACCUCACCAUUGCUGAUGCUUUAGGCUUGCAAUUCUCCCUCCGUAAUCACUUCAAUUUGUAUAUAUAUAUUUUACAGUUUAUAAACCCUUUCUCAUGAUCAGAUGCACACGCCAUGCAACGCAUCAUGUAAUGUUAGACUAUAAACAAAAGCAGUUAUAUGUUAUCAGUGAAAGCACAUUGACGGUUGAAGAGAAGCUACAUUUCUUUUUGCAACUUUAUGUACCCUUCUGAUUUUUAGGGAGAUUUUUGCAUUGCUACAGCUAAUGUGAUUAAUUAAAAAGGGCUAAAUAAACGAAUGUUUUUAAAGCAGAAUUUUUAAAAGGCACCAGACUGAAGGUUAUUCUGAUCUUAAGUGUGUUACUUGCGUUUUGGUUUGAUAGUUGAGGGACAGGAGAUGGGUGGAGGAGUAGUUCUCCAGAGUGGUUCCCCAUCCAGUUUAUUUGAAGAGCGCUUCAGUAAAUUUCAUUUUUGAAGGAAAAACUUCAUGUCUACCCUGUCCACUGGCGCUACAACAUUAGUCUUAAAAGAACAAUAAAGCCCUGAAAAAGCACAAGCUCGGAGCCGCAGCCUUUCCUGGCAUCUGUGGAUGUGAUGGCAUCCUCUUAGAUUAAAUCAUACAUUGAAGAGAAGUACAGGAAUAGGACUGGUUAGCACUGACUGAUGUGUGCUCUGGAUACCCUGGGCAUCCUGUGGAACAGGAAGUGAUAGGAGAGGUCAGGGAUGAUGCUACCAUUCGCCACAAGGUGCUCAUCUGAAGCUGGCAAGAAUGUCCUGUCUUUUGAUGGACUGGAUACACUCCCUCUGCUACCACUCCCUCUGUAAGACUAACAGUAGCUGUCUGUCAUGAGUCUUGUUCAAGAGCUCCAGAUUACUGCCGGUCGGAGCCACCCCUAGUCCAGCUUCACGCCCAGUGUGCAAGCAUACUAAUAGAACACAUCUAUAGAGCAUGCGAAAAACCAGUGGGAUACUGUUAGAUAGACUUGUCAUUUGCAGACAUUGCCAUUUGCAAACCUUUUUGUCUGUUUUUUUUUGUUUUUUGUUUUGUUUUGUUUUGAUUUUGUUUUUUUGUUUUUUCAUUAAUUCUUUGAUUUUUUUUUUCUUUGGUUUGAAAGAAGUGUUUAUUGUGGUUAAUUGUUAACUAGUGAUGUGAUUAUUAAACAAUAAAUAAACAUUAAAAAUGUUUAAAAGCA